AUGUCACAAUCACCUGGAACCAAUACCGGAUCGCUGUCAAUGAGCGACACAACAGCCGGUAAUCAAAAUCCUGCUCAUAGCAAGAUGUCUUCAUCAGAUCCUGCUCACUCCAAAGAACCUCCUGCCUUUGUAGCCAAAAUGGAAAAAAUAUUACACAUCCCAGCCUGGUUCACACCUUCCCUGACCGACAGAAGACAAUGGAAGAACUUCACAAGAUGCAUGCUUGCGACUUUCGGCUCGUUGGUAGUUAUGCUUGUCCAGAAUUCUCUCAAUAAGCUAGGUCAAGCUGCUUUCUUCGGGCUUAUCAUGAGUCAAAUGCUACCGCCUUCUAUGGCUCUGAGCAUAUACCUGUUUGCUCUGAUUACGUUGAUAGUCGGUUUAUGCUUUGGCUGGGCUUGGGGCGUAGCUGCUAUGGCUGCUGCUCUCAAAGCAAGAGAUCAAGUUCUAUACCAAGAGCAAGUGCAAAGGGAAUCCGCUGGAUACGACACGACUGCCAAUAUCGAUGCUCAAUUCCAAGGGUCGAUCUUCCGUGGAGCUUUCCUUGAUCCUGGAUCGACAGCAGUGUACGGAGUUUUCCUUUUCUUCGGUUGUUACUUUUUAGGUUUCAUCAGAGCGACGAAGCCAAGAUUGACUCUAGGUUGUAUCUUUGGUACGAUCAUCAUGGAUUUGAUGUGUUCCUUUGGACCUCUUUUUCCUAUCGCACAAUAUACUUUGGCUAAACAACUACUCAUACCCGCUUCGACGUUUAUAGCCAUAGCUAUAGCUUCAAUCUUUCUGAUAUUCCCUCAAACUCUGAAUCACAUCAUGCUUGACGCAGUGGCGUCCAAAAUGCUUGCUCCGAUUAUCCAGAUUCUUAAAAUUCAAGAUCAAGUAGUGAAUGCAGAUCCCAAAGAUAUGGAGAAAUGGCACGAACUUGCUGCGAAGCAGUACGCAUUGCGACAAGGUCAUAUAGCUGUCGUCACAGCUUUAGAAGGACAGACUGCUUUACUAGCAUUAGAGAUCUCGAGAGGGCAAAUUGGCUCUGGAGAUCUACAGAAGAUCUUUGGUAAAGUCAAGAACCUGGGUCUUAGGGCAUAUGCUUUGGCCAGCUUCUCCAUUAUUGUCGACGAACAGCAUGAAUCUUUGAAGAAAAUGACGGAAGAUUCUUCAUCACACGCCAAUGUUCGAGCCAAAUCUCACUAUGACAAGGUCAUGAGUCAUGCGGAUGACUCUCACAGCCUCACGGGACUUUUGCCAAUCUUAGCUGAAUCUACUGCCAACCUAAGACAUACCAGCACAAGAGCCUUGGACGAUAUAUCUGAAUGGCUAUUGUUGAUAAACCAUACAAGGUGGAAGAAGAAGCCAUCUAAUGCUCCUCCUAUAUCUCAAAGAGAAGACAAUCUGAACUCCAUCAAAAAGUCUUUACAGGAAUUUAGGGAGAGUAAGCAUUUCGCAAUGCUUGACUCUUACAAAGAUAGCUUCGAUCUUACAACCGGUCAAUUGAAACCUCAUCUUUCAGAGUCAUAUCGAUUCAAUUCCAGAGAUCUAUUCAGAUGUUUCGUCUUGACUUCUAGUCUGAUCGCUUUCACCAUUGACCUCGUUGACGUCCUCGAACUGUUACUACAAAUUGAGAGGGCAAAUCUCAAGAGUAAAAUCCAACUCCCCAAGGCUUUUACGAAGAACGCCGUGAAGUCUGCGAAUCAAAAAGCCGGCGGAAAUCCACUUGAUAUGGGUAACGACGAUGCAUCAAGUCUGGACGUACACGAGAGAGUCGAAGAGGAUGAGCACGAUGAUGAGAGGAGUGAAACUAGCACAGCUGUUGAUAAGAAAGAGAAGCCUAAAAAGGAGAAGAAAGUUAAAGCUCAUGCCAAAAACCCAGAUGCAGAAGACCCACGAAAUGCUUUCCAAAACUUUGGAAGAUUGAUUUAUCAGCUUUGGCAAGGAGCAACGGGAGCUUCAGGUCUUUUCGCAUUGAAGUAUGCAUUGGUGUCUAUUGCUCUAUGGAUACCGGCUGUUUGCCCUUCAUCGGCUUAUUUCACGUAUACCAACCGUGGGUUAUGGGCAUUGAUCAUGGCUCAGACAGGCUUGGGUGUCUUUACGGGAGAGCAGAUCUUGACAUUUAUUUUGCGAAUGGGUGGAACUUGCGUUGGCCUUGUAUUGGGUAUGAUAGUUUGGUAUAUUGGCGCAGGGACAGGCCCAGGCAAUCCUUAUGGAAUAGCAGCCGCAACUAUGGUGUUCAUUGCACCCGGCUUAUUCAUUCGUAUUGCUGUUCCAAUGGAGAAAGCGGCUUUCUUCAUCAUGGCCAACGUUACCCUCAUGUUCGUGGUUGGUUAUUCAUGGGUAGAUGAACACGUCUAUCAAACUGCCAAUCAAGGUGCAGGAGCCGGAUUGGCAGGUAGAAGAGCCCUGCUGGUCAUUAUUGGUUUCACUGCAGCGUUUAUCAUCAUGCUAUUCCCACGCCCCGUUUCUGCGCGAUAUCUCUUCCGACGUAGACUGGCUAAGAACAUGGCGGACAUUGGCGAUCUAUACGGAAAAGUAGUGACGGGUAUUGAAGGAGAACUAGAUUCCGAAGUGGACACCCUUGGUGCGGCGGAGGAGAAUAAGAUAGCUGAAAUAAGAAGAGAAAGAUACAAAGGUGGUUUCAUGAAGGUUCUCGGAAGAAUAUUGGGUAUGCAACCUCAACUGCAAUUCGCCAGUAUCGAGCCUGGUCUUCGAGGUCCGUGGCCGAAAAAGAAGUACGAAGCUUUGUUCAAAGCUCAAGGACAAGUCCUAUCCACCUUGGCAUUAUUAUCUAAUUCCUACUCAAGGAUGGAUGUGAGGUGGUGUAGACGAUUAGCAAGUAGAUCAGAAUUGAUGCAUCCCGCUUUCAUCGCCGAUUGCAUAUCCUUAUUUUCGAUUCUGGAACAAUCACUACGUACAGGUCAACCGUUACCUCCUAUGAUACCUAUUUUUGAACGAUUGGCAAUACAUCGGUGCGCUAUGGGUGCUAUAGCUCUCAACAAGUCAAAUGGAGCCGAUGAAGGUAAGAUGUCUGAGAAGACAGAGUCAACUGCAUCAGAGGGCGAGGAUCUCACGUUAGAGAGAGCGGAAUUGGCCACCAGAGAUGCCGAGAGAGUAUUGAGAGGUACGAUCACUUGGCAAACCAUUCAUGACGAACAGAUAGCACUUUUCGCUACGGCGAAUAUAGCACUAGUACACAUUGCCGUUGGGUUGAAUGACAUAUUCAAUAUCGUGAAGAGUUUGGUGGGAGAAAGGGAUUUGCAAGGACUGGAUAGAGCGUCAGAGCGGUGGGCUAGAGGAGAGCUGGCGAUAUCCAAUAGGGUUUAG